AUGAGAUUGCAUCCCGGUGCAAAUGAAACAGCUCUAACUUACGAUUUCGAUUUUAAAAUGGGAAUCCAAUUUAACGUCGGAUGUACCAAUCGAUGGACUGUUACAUGGUUGGACGUACUAUGUCAUCCGCAUAUAGAUUUUAUGGAAGAGAACUACUUAUCAAUGCGUGGUCUUUUUAUGAAAGAACUGAUAAGCACUUACGAGGAAGAGGAUCAGCUAUAUCCAGCUCUGACUGCUUUGACGCCAUUUGUAUAG